CACUGUCGGUGCUCGAUGGGAGCGUGUGGCUUCCCAGGAGGACGUUUUCCCAUCUGACGGCCCCCCGCAGCGCCUCUCCUCCGCCAUGCUCCAGCUCAACGACGCCGUGGAGCCGGAGAGCCCGGGCGCCGCGGUGCUCCACCCGGCCGAGGCCGAGGAGGGGGUGGAGGUCGCCUUCACGCCGCCGGAGGCCGAGCGCAGCCUCGGACACGGAGCCUCGGUGGCGUGCUGCCCGCCGCUCCAGACGCUGACGCCCUUCCACGUGCACAACCCCACCAUGCAGGCCAAAGUCAAGGACUACUUCGUGUUCAGGCCAGGAACCAUCGAGCAGGCGGUGAGCGACAUCCGCACGGUGGCGCUGCCGUCCGAGGACGGAGAGGUGCUGAGCGUGUGGCUGCUGGCGGAAGUCGACCACUGGAACAACGACAAGGAGAGGCUGGUGCUGAUAACUGACAGGUCCCUCCUGGUGUGCAAGUAUGACUUUAUCAACCUGCUGUGUCAGCAAGUCAUCCGGAUCUCGCUCAACGCGGUGGACACCAUCUCCGUGGGCGAGUUCGAGUUCCCACCAAAAUCCCUCAACAAAAGAGAGGGUUACGGGAUCCGUGUCCAGUGGGACAAGCGUCCCCGGGCUUCCUUCUUGAACCGCUGGAACCCCUGGUCCACCGACAUGCCCUACGCCACCUUCACGGAGCAUCCCAUGGCGCACGCCGACGAGAAGGUGGCCUCCCUCUGCCAGAUGGAUAACUUCCGAACCCAGCUGGUGCAGGCAGUGAAGAAAGCCCACAAGGAGCACCCCAUCCCCGGGCGGGCCAACGGCGUCCUGAUCCUGGAGAGGCCCCUGCUCAUCGAGACCUACCUGGGCAUCAUGUCCUUCAUCAACAACGAGGCCAAGCUGGGCUACUCCAUGACGCGCGGGAAGAUCGGCUUCUGACGCGCCGCGGCGUCUCCAGAACUCAGUACAGGCGUCGGCGGCACACGGCGCUGCCCGAGAGGAGCCGCAGGGCCGUGUGCGAGCGGAGGCGUCGGGCGUCCGCGCCGAUUCGAGAGACAACUCGUAGGUCAAUGAUGCGCUGCACUGCAUGAACCGUCUACUCAUCCGUUUUCCCGCCGAAGAGCCGCGUCCUCCAGGUGGAGAUCGGCGGGAGCCACACUGCAGGCGGAGCUUCGUUCAUUUCAUGCUUCUCAUGAAAACUUGUCAGAGCGGAUUUCGAGAGCCGUGGUUUUCAAAGCGUGCAGGAGAGUUUCAGGGUAGCCGCUGGGGGGGGGGGGGGGAUAAAGGGUGAAACUUUUAAUAAUUUAUUUAAGAGUAAUAUAAAAUAAACUUUAAUAUAACAGAUCUAACCAGUGGAGACUACAUACACACACUUUUAGCAUCUAAACAAGUUAUUUCCUCAUUAAUAUUUAUUAUUGUGAAGUGCAUAGAGGGCUCAUAAUAAACACCUGAUAGAUUCUGCUCAUCUGCGGUUUGAAGGGUUGAUUAUGUGCUUCGUUUGGGUGAAACUAUACGAUGAAUCCAGAAUUAGGAGCCGCUGGGUGUUCUCGGUGGGCGGAGUUUAACGGCCUCGCCACGUGGUUCUUCAAACAGAUGUUUAGUUGUUGUGGAACGAGGAGAGGACGGGAUGUGCACUGCUCUGCAGGAAAGGCUCCGGGCUCCGCUUCAUGUGGACACGUUCAGCUGAAAGAGCCGGAGACGCUCGGUCCGGCGGGACUCAAGUUCCAUGUUGAGUGUUUGACUUUUCGUGCUGCCAGUUUUUUGCUCUCAUAACCAAAAAUGUUUUUAUACGUCGGCUGUUUAAUGCAGUGUGAACUGUGUCUUCUGGUUGUAAGUUGCCUUGUUGGUCUUUUGCACUCCGAUCCAUCAAACUGACAAACUACACCAUGCACACACACACACACACGCGCACACACACACACAGAGGUUAAAGUUUCUCUUGUCAUGCUAAACAAAUUCAACUGUUUGUUUUCUGGUCUGCAUGCUCGCUGCAUGUUAAGUUUGCAUGAUGGAUGUUUUUUUUGUUUUUUUAAAGGAACACUGAUUAAAGUUUUUGUUCUUCUGCACUCCUCUUGAUGCGGUGA